AUGCUGGCAACAAGAACAUUCGCCUGGUCGCGGCAAGCCUUCCAACCGCUCAAGCUCCGCACAUUCUCGUCAAGCCCAAUAAAUGCCAAGUUGAAACUUGCCUACGACUUCUAUGAAGCCGAGAAGCCUGAAUCCAAGAAGGAUCCGAUCGUCUUUAUCCAUGGACUCUUCGGCUCCAAGAAGAACAACCGGAGCAUGAGCAAAGUCUUUGCUCGUGAUCUGAACCGUCCCGUCUACGCCAUUGUAUCUCACCCUUCCAGAACGUCUGCGACCACCACCUCUGAUAUCACCUGUCCANNGGACUUGCGCAACCACGGCGAAUCACCCCAUGACCCCAGACACGACUACACAGCCCUCGCCGAGGAUGUCGAAGGCUUUCUGCAAGAGCACAAGAUUGAGCGUCCUGCUCUGAUCGGCCACUCCAUGUACGUCUUGCAUGACUAUACCACAACCCCAUGCUGCAGAACCAUGUUGACGGUGGACAAGNNGGGCGCCAAAACAGUCAUGGCAGUUGCUUUGCGCGGUAAAGUGCCUAUCGCAAGUCUGAUUCCCGUCGACAACGCACCUGUCGACGCAGCCUUGAAGAGCGACUUUGGCAAAUACGUCCAGGGUAUGCGCAAGAUUGAAGACGCCAACGUACAGAAGCAAUCCGAGGCAGACGCUAUCCUGGCCGAAUUCGAGUCAAACGUCGGUGUGCGUCAAUUCCUACUCACCAACCUCGCUCGCGGAAAGGACGGCAUCCAGAGAUUCCGUGUCCCUGUCAAGUACCUAGCGAACGCUCUAGACAACAUGGCCGACUUUCCCUUCACCGACCCAGAAGAAGCACGAUGGGAGGGCCCCACUCUGUUCGUCAGAGGUACCAAGAGCCACUAUGUGGCAGACGAGACGCUGCCCAUCAUUGGGAGAUUCUUCCCCAGAUUUGAGGUUGCAGACGUCGACAGCGGCCAUUGGGUCAUCAGCGAGAAGCCUCAAGAAUUUAGAAACGGUAUGUUUGCACGCUGUGUACUCGACAAAGAGUAG